GCCUGCUCUACUGCCGCUGCAGCCCUCGAUGCAGACGCAGUAACUCGCCCGCCGCAGCGCCCCCAACUCUGCAGUCUCAGCAUCAGCACCAGGACCCGACCGGAGCCAGCAGCUUAGCAGGAUGUCUGGCGCUCCUCCAAGUUACUGUUUCGUGGCGUUGCCGCCUCGAGCCAAGGAUGGCUUGGUGGUGUUUGGGAAAAACUCAGCACGGCCUAGAGAUGAAGUGCAGGAAGUUGUGUAUUUCCCGGCUGUCGAUCACGAAGCGGAGAGCAAAGUUGAGUGUACUUACAUCUCAAUUGACCAAGUUCCCAGGACCCACGCCAUAGUGAUAAGCAGACCCGCCUGGCUCUGGGGGGCAGAAAUGGGAGCCAAUGAACAUGGGGUGUGCAUAGCCAAUGAAGCCAUCAAUGCCAGAGAACCAGCUGCUGAGACAGAAGCCUUACUGGGGAUGGAUCUGGUCAGGCUUGGCUUAGAACGAGGCACGACGGCUAAAGAAGCCUUAGACAUCAUCGUCUCCUUGUUGGACGAGCAUGGACAGGGUGGGAAUUAUUAUGAAGAUGCGCAGUCCUGCCACAGCUUCCAGAGCGCGUAUCUGCUGGUGGAUCGUGAUGAAGCCUGGGUGCUGGAGACCGUCGGGAAGUACUGGGCUGCCGAGAGAAUCACAGAGGGAGUGAGGUGCAUUUGCAAUCAGCUUUCACUCACCACGAAGAUGGACGAGGAGCACCCAGAACUCAGGACUUACGCUCAGAGUCAAGGCUGGUGGACGGGAGAGGAUGAAUUCAAUUUUGCCCAGGUUUUUUCUCCAGCUGAUGACCACCUGGACUGCUGUGCAGGCAAAGACAGCUUAGAAAAGCAAGAGGAAAGCAUCACCGUGCAGACGAUGAUCAACAUCUUACGAGACAAAGCCAGUGGAGUCUGCAUAGACUCCGAAUCAUUCCUCACUACAGCCAGCAUAGUGUCUGUCCUGCCUCAGAACAGAAGUUCACCGUGCAUCCACUACUUCACCGGGACCCCGGAUCCUUCCAGGUCCAUAUUCAAGCCAUUCAUCUUUGUUGAUGACGUAAAACUUGUCCCCAAAGCCCAGUCGCCCUGUUUUGGUGACGAUGACCCAGCCAAAAAGGAACCUCGGUUCCAGGAGAAGCCAGACCGCCGGCAUGAGCUGUACAAGGCUCACGAGUGGGCACGCGCUGUCAUCGAGAGUGACGAGGAGCAAGGCCGCAUGCUGAGGAAGACCAUGCUGGAGUUGGAGAAGCAAGGCUUGGAAGCCAUGGAGGAGAUCUUGAGCAGCCCCGAGCCCCCCGACCCUGCUGAGGUUGGAGACCUUUUCUAUGACUGUGUGGAUACCGAGAUGAAGUUCUUCAAGUGAUGUAAGCGCCCUCGCCCUUACUUACAACU